CUUUCUCUCAUCCAUAUCCCUUAGGACUAAGAUCAAUUUUUGGUCAUUAACUCGAAACAAAGAUACAGAGACGGGCUGUCAAUACAGAGCUAUGAGCUCUCUACUUGAUGGUUUAAUCCUCGCCACAGCUUCCGUCCACGUCUUUCUCGCCCCGUACACCAAAGUAGAAGAGUCAUUCAACUUGCAUGCUACCCAUGAUGUUCUCAUGUAUGGGGUGGGGCCCUCUGCACUACCAAAUUAUGACCACUUCGUCUUCAGCGGAGCAGUACCCCGGUCAUUCAUAGGCAGUGUACUCCUAGCAUGGAUAUCCACUCCAGUACUCUAUGCUGCAGACCACUUUAACCUGCUACACUCUAAGUUUGACCUCCAGCUCAUCGUUCGUCUCGUCCUAACGACAUUCAAUGCCAUCGUUAUUUGCCUCAUUCGACGAGCGGUCUCUCGUCGCUUUGGUCGUGGAACCUCCGCUAUGUUUGCCAUACUUUCAUGCACCCAAUUCCAUCUCCCUUUUUGGAUGGGUAGAACCCUACCGAACAUGUUCGCACUCAUUCCCGUGAAUGUCUCGUCCUACCUCCUCCUCAACUUGGAACCUAACGCCCUGCGGCCUUCUACCCUCAACGUCCGAAGAGCUAUCUCACUCUUGACAUUUACGGCCGUAGUCUUUAGAUCCGAGGUCGCUCUCCUCUUAGCAGCGAUCUGUCUUCAGUCUCUAUUGACUGGCAGCAUCACUUUCGGAUCUCUCGUUAAAACAGGACUGGUGGCUGGUUUGAGCUCUAUAGGUUUGACUGUCUUGGUAGACUCUUACUUCUGGUCACAAUGGCCGCUGUGGCCAGAGCUCUACGGCCUUUACUUCAACGUAUAUCAAGGCAAAUCAGCUGAAUGGGGUGUCUCGCCACCACACACCUAUUUCACCUCGCACCUCCCAAAACUCUUGCUUUCAUCUCUACCUCUCGCAUUCCUCUCGCUUGUCCUGCCUUCGUCGCCCCGAAAUCGAACCUGGACAACGUUUCUUCCACACAUACUCUUCGUUCUCGGGCUGUCUGCCUUGGGCCACAAGGAGUGGAGAUUUGUCGUAUACGUGGUCCCGAUGUUCAACGUUGCUGCCGCUAGAAGCGCGCAUUGGUUGACCACCCGCCGCGUCUCGACGAUCUUCGGCCGCAUCUGCCGCCUCAUCUUCUUCGGACUCCUAGCGGGCAAUAUCGCCGCAACGUACAUCCUUACGCGCUCAAGCAUGGUCAACUAUCCCGGUGGCGUCGCUCUCGCCACUUUCAACGACCAGUACGCCAACCAGACGAACGUACAUGUUCACAUCUCCAACCUCGCCGCCCAAACGGGCGCCUCCCUCUUUCUCCAGACUCGCGCUCCUCCAUACCCUACAUUCUUCCCCAGCCUCCACCCAGCCUCCACAUCCACGAGCUGGACCUACUCAAAAACCGAAAAUCUCACACUCGGCUCGCUCACCGCCGACCGGCGCAUCACGCACCUCAUCGCGGAAUCUCCUGAAGCUAAGGUAGCAAAGGGAUGGAAAGUGACCGGUGCGUUGUAUGGGUUCAAGGGGUGGAAGGUCGACAGGGCAUUGGUGGGCGAUUUAAAGAGCGGGAGAGUGUUGGAGCGUGGGGUGGGGAGUGUUUGGGAGAGGUUGGUGGGGGCGUUGAGUAUGGAGGAAGAGGAGAUGUUGUGGAUUUUGGAGAGGGCAACGUGAGAUUGUAAGGCCCAGAGCUGAGAUGGGUCAUAAGCGUUGGGCUAACUUACAAGUGACACACAUGUGUCCCCGACACUGCUUUCGAAUGGUAGGAUUUCGUGUCACUAGGAUCCGUGCAUUGGGUUUAGUAAGUUUUGAUUCCGAGAACAGUACCGUAGAAGUGCGAUGAGCGGAGUAGAAUCCAUCGAGAUACACAAAAAAGAACUAUGCUAUGUCGAGUAUGUCAUGCAUGAGAAACCAGAAAGCGAAAACAGAAUAAAGAUACAGGAAAUUACAGGCGAGAUACGGAGCCUACAUGCAGGAAACUAGAGAAGGAUGAAAGCGAGAGCACGGAGGUAUGGGCUCCUGUGCGGUGAGAUACAUGACAUGCAGAGAAGAAAAAAACUAGAACAAGCUAAAAGCGGGAGCACGGAGAAUAUUGGAUCCUGUGCGGUGAGAUACAUGGCACACAGACGGAAAUGAAAGAGAGAGAGAGAGCGAGAGAGAGAGAGAAAGAAGAAAG